UCGGACACACCGGGAGCUACUUAAGCGGCCGCGGGGGAGGCGAGGGUUUAUGGAGCUGAACUUGUUUCUCCUCCUGUUGCUGUUUGUGGCCUCGCCGGGCCCCCCCGGCCACUGCCGGGCGGCCUCGGGUCGCCGCCUGCCAGUGAAACUCGGCGAGUGUCCCGCCCCCCGCCGGACGCCCCCGAUGCCCUGCGACAGCUUCUGCUCCUCGGACGAGGACUGCCCGGGCAGCGAGCGCUGCUGCAGCACCGGCUGCGGGCGGGAGUGCCGGCUGCCCGCGGGAGCCAAGGGAGGUUUCUGCCCACGGGUGCACGCUGGCCUGCAAACCACCUGCCUGGCGGAGUGUGGCAGCGACAGCGAGUGCCGAGGCGGCGGGAAGUGCUGCAGCACGGGCUGCCUCAUCCACUGCACGCAGCCAGUGCCAGCCAAACCAGGCAUCUGCCCCAAGAGAAAGGUGCUGCAGACCUUUGCCCGCUGCAACAGCUCCUGCAGCGAUGACACCGACUGUCCCCUCCGUGAGAAGUGCUGCUUCACGGGCUGUGGCCGCGGCUGCCUGCCUCCGGACAGAGCUGCCACGGCCCCGCUCCCGCCCGCAGCCCACGGCCACCGGCUGGGCCCUGCCACCCGCAGUGGCCCCGGGCCCUGGGAUGUCAUCUGUCACCUCCCACCCGAGCCUGGCCCGUGCAGGGGACUCUUCCAUCGCUAUGCCUACAACCCUGACAGGGGCACCUGCCAGCCCUUCAUCUACAGCGGCUGCCGCGGGAACCGCAACAACUUCAGGACGCUGAAGCAGUGCCAGCAGCUCUGCCAGCAGCCGGGGGGAGCCAAGGAGUGACCCUGAGGAGAAGGUGGCAGCGUGGCCUGGGUCCUGCUGUGUGGCCAGUGGAAGCCUGAGGGCCAGUGUUUGCAGUGGUCUUGGCUGCCACACUCUGCCUCAUGCAAUAA